AGCAAAACACACACAAAAUAAUUGCGUCAAUUGUAUCACAACACAAAAAGCGGCGGUAAAAGAAAGAAAGCAAGCAAGAGCACCCUGUUCUGGGUUCCGUGACAGUACCCUCAGUCUGGUUGUGGUGGGGUGAGCUUGCAGCACUAACAACAAGUCGGUCUUGUAUGCUCAAUAGGUGCAACCAAACAUUGCGGUUUCAGGGCGUUAAAGGGAAAAGAAAAGCAUCGUUAAGGUGAAACCCCAUACAGAGAUUAUAGUAGAGCAAUGCGUUGCUCUGGGGUGUUUGGCGCGAUGCCUUCUCUGCGUCGACCGCGGCUAACUGCAGCACGUACAGAGCUUUCCUCGCACUACAACGUUAUGCGUUCGAGGCGCACGCUGCUCCUUUCCACCACCAGUAUGAGCAUUGCGAUGCGCAGCAUUGGCAGCGCGGAGAGCAGCAGCAGCAGCAGCAGCAACCGGAAAGAUGCGAAAGGGACAGCAACUCCACAGUACUUCAACUUUGCGACGCGCGAUGAAUUUCUGCGGCGUCAAGGCGGCUUCAGCUCGCGCGGUGGACGCCGCUCGCGUCGUCGCAGUUCCGGUCCUGCCGAGGAAGAGCAGAUACUUCGCAACAGCAUCCAGGCCAGUAGCGCUACCGAUCCCCACAGCACCCCUUCCGUUUUCCGCAAGGACAUUGCCGUCUACGGUUCGGCGGGCAAGCAACUCAGCGGCGUUUCGGUCAGCGUGGACGUUCCGACAUCGCGGUUUCUCGACAUGUUUUCCGAGUUUGAUACGAAGCGGUGUAAGCUGUGCAACGAAACCUUCAUCGUGUGGCACGCGCACUCCUGCGGCAUCCCGCACGCCGGUCGAGAAGGCAUUUUGUUGGAGCUGGUGAGGCCGUUCUGCGGUACCCCAGAGGAACAGGUACACCGCUGGAACCAACGGCUGUACCACAGCACUGCGUUUGGCAGAAUUCCUGCGCUGAGCCACCCGAAUAAUCAAGUACGCAAGCAGAAAUUGAAGUAUCUUCUGCUGUACCUGAAGGACCGCGAGGUUUUGAGGGAUGUCUUUUCGGUGCGGAGCAACGAGUCCAACGAGGCCAUGCGCGGCUUUGAGUUUGAGCGGCUUGAAUUUAUCGGUGAUGGGGUGGUGAAGUACAUCUUGAACAACGUCCAGAACAUUGUGUUUCCUAUCGUCGAGGGCGGCAGUCGUGGGCGGCUGGCCAAUUUCCAGUUCGUCAUUGACGGCAACGAAGGUCUCGCCCGCGGCUACGACUACCUGGAGCUGCAGGACCUCACACUCAGCUCCCGCGUGGUGAGCAAGUUCAAAAGCGACGUCGUCGAGACCCUCUUUGGCGAGCUGCAGUUUUACCUGUGGUCCACGCAGCUCGACGUCGACACGGAGCCGCUGACGUUUCCCUUCACAAAAGACAUGUACACGCUGCGCGCCCUCGUGCAGCACGUCAUGUACGAAACGGCAACCGUGCUUUUCAUGUUCCACGUCGAGUGCAUUCUCGGCUCGUUGCAGCGUGUUGUCCGCGAGCAGCAGCUGCAGUUUGUGCGAGCCGAUCCGUCGUUGCUCAAGAUGCAGAGUCGCAGCGCCGACUCGCACCGGCCCACCCGCAGCUCGUACGACGAUGAGUUUUUCGGAGACGAUGGUUACUACGGUGGCGGAGGCCGGAAUGGAGGAGGAGGCGGUGGAGGUUCGCUGAUGAUCCCAGCGCCCACAACGACGCUGAUGAAGCAGCGCAUCGCACGUACUCAUCUGCAGGGCGGCAGCGCGGCGACUUUCUUAGAGUCGACGAACUACGAGAACUACAAGCGCGUGGUGUCCAUUGGUGGUCUUCUACCCCGACCCUUUACACGAGAGCAGCUGGCGGUGAUUCCUAACUACAUGCCACACAUCCAGCGCGAUGAGGCGAUGACGCAGCAACUGCGCGACGCCAAUACGAGCUGGAGGGCACAACUGAACAAUGAGCUGACGGAAGACGCGGCAAAGUCAGCAUCGACACCGGAAGAGGAAUGGUCUGCUGAUGGUGGAGGGACGGAGGCGGCUGCGUACCAUCUCAGUCCGACGCCUACGAGGAAGGACACACCGGCACAGGCACCGUUGUCUGUGCCGCGCCUCAAGGACGAGGAGCUAAUUGCUGAGCUUCCUUGA